AUGCAGAGCCUCCGGCAGCUUACUUUCUUGUGCCAGAUCUGUAUGCUCUGCAAAAGUAAUGUGCUUUCACAACUGGUUUGCCGGAGCCUCCCUCGGCUUGCUGCCUUGGAUGACCAGUUGCUGGGCCGACCCGUGGAGCGCGUCAUCCGGCAGGGCGCGCCGCCCAUUACGGAGGUCUCGGGUCCAAUGGUGUGGCUCUACCACCAAACCUUGCACCUUGGAGAGACCAGUGCGAAAUCAGAUCCGAAAUUAGUGGACGAGACCAGGGAUGUGCAGGGCUUUGGAAAUCCGAGGAACCAUCGGAGGCAGUACGAGGCGUGGAGCCCACCUACAACGACAUGGAUACCUGAAAACGAAGAGGACUACAAUCAAUUCUUCGAGAAAGUUCGCCAGGCCGUUCCCAAAGACCGUUUGUUCGAGUGGGACCCCCGUCGGAAUACGAUGGAAGAGCUCUGCGAGUUCAUGGAGAUCAGACCUUGCCCAAAAAAGGGCAAGCCCGGCAGGGCCAUCAACACUUGGAUCUUCGAACGGGAUUUUCCUGUGGCCUCUAUGGCCGUCAACACGCUGCGUCUGUUCUUACAUUGGGUGAACUGGAGGCUUUGCUGCGCCUUCGGACGUGUGCUGAUGAAUCGGUGCAGGCGACAGGUGACCGACAGGCUUCUGAAAGAAGCAGACGAGGCCGUCGAGGCCUGUGCUUCCUGCCUGGUCGAGGGCGGAGCCGUGCUGACCAUGGGUGUGGCCAAAUGUGAGGCAGUCCAGACGGCUAUGAGAUUUCUAUCGGAUUUGAGAUUCAGCAUCGACGGCAGCUUCGAGGAGUUCUUGGGGAAGGGCCUUUGUCCAGGUUGCUCCAAGUGGGUGCGGCUCUACUGCUCCGAAUGUGUUCGAAGCGUGGUGCCGCUUCCGGAGCCCCUCCGCCUGGGCUUGCAAGUGCUGAUUCUGCGGCACCCGAAGGAGCCGGCUGCCAAGUCUUCUGCGACGCCACUUCCACUCCUCUCCGAGGAUGUGCGCGUUGUGGAGUGGAAGCCGAGCCUGGACCUCGAGGACCUCGAGCUUCUGAAACCCGGGACCUGGCUGGUCUACCCAAGCGAGGAUGCGGUGGACGCCCACAGCGUGCCCUGGGAGGGUGUGCAGCGUCUGGUCUUGGUAGACAGCCGCUGGAAGCAUGCCAGGGCCGUCUUGGAAGACAGGGAGCUGAAUCUUCGCGGUCUCCCCGCCAUGAAGCUGGGCCUGGAAUCUUCGACGCACUCCUGCUUCUGGCGAUCCGCCACUGAGAAGCUGGCGGACAUGCAGGGGCUUCUCUCGACCGCUGAAUGCCUCCAUUGCUUACUGAGAUCUCGUGAGCCACAAGACCAAGACGCGCCACAGAGACUGGACGAUCUGCUUUUCUUCUUCGCGCUGCGGCUGCGACUUGUGAUCCAAGAGUAUGCAGACGCUCCGGACCGCUGCUGUCCUUGGUGCACGGAGGCUGAGCGGCGCAAGUGUGUGCACCAGGGUAACGCGCGGAAACUUGGAAAGUAA